GUGCAGGUUGGUGGACCUGAGGCCCAGCCGGAGCUCAGUGUGCAGCAGCCAGAGCUCAGUGGUGCUGCGCACGAGCCUCAGCUGAGCCACGCGGUGCAGGAAGCUCAGGUUAGUGGUGACGUUCAAGAGCCUCAGGUCAGUAGCUACAAUUCGGCCUGGGUUGCUGCCCUGGUAGCAUUGACAUCAAGGCAGAGGAUUAUAAGAAAUGUAAUGAUAUCUGCCGGUUCGUUGAAGGGCAAGAAGAGGGAUUUACUGGACAACAUCCAGGCAGCAACGGGUGUUCGUGUCAUGAUUGUUAGAAAUCUGGACGUGGAGGACGGCAUGGUAAAGGGGACCUUAUAG